AUGGAGCUGUAUAGGGUUGAUCCAGCAACAUCCAUCGACAUUAAGUGUGACUUCAACAACAAAAAGAAGCUACCCAUUUUCAAAAGAAUGUACAUUUGCCUAGGAGCCUUAAAGAAUGGGUUCAAAGCUGGGUGUAAAGUAAUGAUUGGGCUGGAUGAAGCACAUCUUAAGAGUUGCUUUGGGGGUCAGCUUCUAACAGCUGUGGGGAUUGAUGCCAAUAACACUUCUUGGGUUGUAGUAUAUGCAAUGGUAGAGCUGGAGACAAAGGAUAGCUGGACUUGGUUUCUUGAGCUGUUGGUGAAGGAUCUGAGUAUUGAGAAUGAUGGUGUAGGCUGGACUUUUAUUAGUGAUAAACAGAAAGGGUUGAAAUCUGCCUUUGAGGAUGUUGUCUCAUCUGCACAAAUCAGAUUUUGUGCAAGACAUUUAUGGACAAACUUCACUAAGCUGUUUCCGGGAAAGGUUAUGAAGGACCAGAUGUGGAAAGCAGCAAAGUCAACAACCUUGCCUUACUUUCUCAAGGAAAUUGAGGAGAUGAAGGCCCUUGAUGUUGAUGCUUAUAAUUGGUUAACAGUACCCGAGUGGCCACCCAAACAUUGGUCCAAGACAUAUUUCAGAACAGGCAACAAUUGUGAUAUCCUCAUUAACAACAUGUGUGAGAGCUUUAAUGCCCUUAUUAUAGAGGCAAGGGGUAAGCCUCCUAUCACUAUGUUUGAAGAGAUAAGGAUGAAGUUAAUAAGGAGGAUUCAAAUUAGGAAAGACAAGAUGGCAGCAUAUCAUGGAAAUAUCUGCCCAAGGGCCAGAAACGUGAUUGAGAAGAAUAAGGUAAAGGCUGUUGAAGAUUGCAUUUCAACAUUCAAUGGUGGGGACCAAGCAGAAGUGGAGAACAUUGAGGGUUCCAAGAAUGUUGUUGACCUUGCUGCAAGGAUAUGCAGCUGCCGGAGGUGGGAUUUGAUUGGAAUCCCAUGCAAGCACGCCAUUUCUGCAAUAUUUGGGAAGAGGGAGGAUGUUGAUGAUUUUGUGGCAGAUUGCUACCUCAAGAGCACAUAUAUGACUAUCUACUCAAACUUGAUCAUGCCUAGGCAUUUACCUCCAAAAGAGAAGAAGACUUCAGCUGUUUCUAAGAAGAGGAAGGAAAUUAAUGAAGCUGGUCAAGAUUCUGGAAAUCAGUCCAAGAGAGGUAAAAAGGGUCCCAUGACUGCCAAUGAGUUGAGGCAGAAAAUGAAGGAAAGAGCUGAGUAUCAAAGGAAAAAAGUGGGCUGCACAGAAGGCAGCAAGCUUGGCAGAAAACAAGUCUGCCCAACAAGAGGGAGGCCUAGACAAGCCACAUCUGCCCCAACUGCCUCAAGGCUUGUUCAAGCUACCUCAAGGCCUCCACAAGCUCCUAGGGCAUCAACCAAGCAAGUUGCAACACCAACAAGAUCAUCCCAAAGGAUCAGAGAAAAUUCUGGUAAGGGAGAGGGAAAAUAG